GGAAGAUUCGUCCGCUCACUGCUCAAACGCCGACCUGUCAAGCCCUUCGGUCAGAUACCCGGGGUUCUAUCUGCAACGGUCGAGUUCCCACUUGGAUGCCAACCAGACCCGGCUUCUUCAACAUGCCAUUGUCAAACUAAGCUGGCGCUACGGAUACCUGUGGUCACGGAUCGGUGUCCACCGUUGGAAGAGCAUUCAGCGAGUGGCCUCCCCAACAGCAUACGUUCGGCUACAACCCCGAGCUGGUCAUUGCAUGGCUCUUGCAGGCCGCCCCAGCAGAAAACAUCGAAAUCGCUGCCGAUGGCCCGAAAUUUCCUCCGACAUGCUCGCCAGGACUCCCACGUUCCUCGUUUCUUCUCCGACUUUUUGCCAGACUGCGUGACUGCCACGCUCCUGGCGUAG